AUUCUGACUUUUGUUUUGGAUUUCCGUUGUUCUUUAAUUUACUAUGCUUGCUUACACGGCGUACCCGUAUUUGUAGGUUGCCCGUGAAAAAAAAACCUUGGCAGUGAAUUCUUGGUAAUAUCAAUAUGUGUUAGAGUAUCAUUUUCCCCUGACAGUACACACUGUCGAGUGUCGAGAGCUUUUCUUUACAACUGGACAAGAGAUGGAGAUGGCUGCGACAGCGCCAAAGUACUCCAUGCCUACGGAGUUUGAAAAAUUUAACACCAAGUUUAGUUUCCUCUACGACCAUUUUGCCAUUGCUUUUCUGGUUCGUAUGGUCCUGGUGAUCUAUGGAGAAUUUCAUGAUCAACAUUUCGAUUUAAAUUACACGGAUAUUGAUUAUCGUGUGUUUUCGGAUGCUGCGGAGUGGGUUAGCUUGGGAAAAUCACCUUACAAUCGGGAUGGAUACCGGUAUACACCUCUCCUGUCGUACAUGCUGCUGCCUAACAUGUGGAUACAUCCGUCCUUCGGGAAAGUCCUCUUUGCCGGACUGGACAUUCUUGCGGCUUACCUCACGUAUAAACUCCUUCAGAAGAUCCCGCUCGACCGGGACAUGAUGAAACUCUGCAUGUUUCUGGCCUUGUACAAUCCUGUCGAGAUUAAUGUAUCCACCCGUGGAAACGCGGAAUCUGUGAUGAGCGUGUUAUGCCUCUUGACGUUAUACUAUCACGAAAAACUGCAGUUUCUCCUGUCCGGCGUGAUUUUCGGAUUGUCUGUGCACUUCAAGAUUUAUCCGGUCUGUUAUGCAAUGCCACUGUACUUUUGGUGCAGCAGUAAUUCGAACAAUCGGAAUGGAGAUGGAUUUAUUUUGGCCAACUCGAGAGAGGUCCAGUUUGUAACAGGAGCGGUUGUGGCAUUUGUUGCCCUGACAGGGUUUUUCUACUUGGUUUACGGGCAGGAAUUUCUACAAGAAACUUACCUGUACCAUUUGACUCGCCGCGAUAUCCAGCAUAAUUUCUCACCAUAUUUCUACAUCAUGCGCUUAACCAAAGGAAACCAACCGAUCGUUAACUUAAUUCCUUUUAUUCCUCAAGCGAUUCUCUGGGUGUAUUUUUCGUUUCGGUUUUUCCGAGAUCUGCCAUUUGUUUGCUUCGUUAAUACGGCGGUGUUCGUGAUUCUGAAUAAAGUGUGCACUGUUCAGUAUUUUAUGUGGUAUCUCACAUUCCUGCCCCUGGCCAUUCCGCGAAUCAAUCUCCCUCGACAACGUAUCCUCUACCUGAUAUCGGCGUGGUUUUCUUCAAUGGCUUUUUGGUUGGGAUCGGCAUAUCUCCUGGAGUUUCAGCAGCGCGAUAUUGUCUUGCUGGUUUGGGCAGCUAGUUUGGCCUUUAUGCUCGUGAAUUUAGCGAUACUGUUUAACAUUGUUUCAUAUGCAAAAAUUCCCACGGAUACGAAAAAAGAAGAAUAAAAACAACAACGACGCGGCAACAAAGGAUCCAUCGUAAAAAACAAAACGAUUGUGAAAUAACGAAAAACUAGAAAUUAAUCAACGUGAACAUUUUGUAUAUUUUUGUACUCACAAAAGUUAUUACUGCACUGUACAAUUUUAUAUUUGCGUCUAGUAAAGAUAUUAGUUUUGUACAAAGAAAGUAUUUGACUCUGAUAACCGGUAUUUUGUCGCAUUUUGUGAUUCAUUGAGCGACCCUCAUAUUACCACCUUGGUGUGGUUAUUGUUAGGUGAUUGCUGGUGGCCAGCCCAAUCAUUCUGGUAGAUGCCAUCCCUGAAAAAGGAAAUGAAUAAAAUACU